UGGUGUGACGUAAUCCUCUCUCUGUUUCCCUAUGGCAGACAGGCCCGACUUUAGAGGUCUCUGUAAAUAAAGGUAUUUUACUUUACCAGCGGCAGAUUUAGAACCCACGCACAUAUACAUAGUGAUCGAUCACCGUUGGCUGUUGUUACAUGUCUCAGAGAUGCUGUCACGGAAACCUACUGAGACAGACAGUGAGAUCAUGUAAUAUUGGAUUGUUGCUGCUCUAAUGGAAAGAAUCGUCUCUACAGAGCGAUGAAGCACCAGUAAAAACCAACUGUGUUACCUUAUAAACGCAUGUGCACCAGAGCAAUGGAGAGUGACUGUAGGAUCCCCAUGUCAUGUCUGAGACCACGAAUCUUGGCCCUACACGCCUUAUUUUGGGGUUUAGUGUCACUUAGAGUGUUUGGAGCAGCUCUUCUUAGCGAUGAGAAGGCUGCAGUUGCGGUUACAAAGGCAGUGAACACACCAUGUUGGCAGGUGGAGGAGUUUGUGGUGGCUAAAGAGUGCAGUGUGUGUGAUGGUUUCCAAUCGAAAACAUUAGCAGCAUGCAGCCAAACUGGAUUUGUAGAAAAGAUCAACUGCACCAAAUCUAACAGAGAAGAAUUCAAGAGUUGUCGCUCUACCAAAAUGGAGGAGCACCUCUUCUGGAAAUUUGAGGGCACUGCGCUGACUCUCACUGUAGUCUUUGCAAUUCUGGUGGUCGCUAGGCAACGGUCACUUGACCGCCAAGCCUCAGACAAGGUUCGGAGACAGAUAGAAUCUAUUUAGUAUAUCAAGCUGUACUAAAACUUAAAGGACAUAUGCCAGACAGGAGGCCUGGUGUUACAAGCUCUCAACAAAGGGCAUAAUCCAACAGUCCAUGGAGGCUUCUGUGCUUGAUCACUGGUUUUAACUUUCUGAAUGGGUACAAUGUGCCCUUACUCCCCAGCCAGACAUUAUUUUUUGGAUGCUGCAUCCCUGCAGGAAUUACCUUUACGUAUGAGAUUGUCAAGUGGACUUUAUAUAUCUGUGAACUUCAAGAAUUUGAAUAGUGGAACACUCAUCCAAAUUGACAAACAUAAUGCAAGAUAGGUAUCCAGUCCCUAUUAUGUAACAGAAGAUGUACAGCUCUGUAAAUACCUGUUUUUUCAAAUGCUGGGAAGGCGGUGUGCAUAGAGAAAAUAAUAAAGCACAAAGUAUUUUGUGAAACAGAAUGAUCUGUGUGGUCAGUGUCCUGAAGCAAGAUAUUAUUUGUUGGGAUUUGUUUUGUUAGGAUGAGUUUCAGUGAAUCUGAAAGUUUUGGUGGUUUGUCAUUUGGCUCAUAUAAUUUAGAUAGUAAAAGCUUUUGCCUGAUUUUGACACAUUCAUCCAUUCACUAACAUUACAGUGUUAUUUACUUCAAUGAACCUAAAAGUAAUUUCAUUAUUCUUAUACAUGCAGUUUUUGUCUGUAAAGUCUUUAUUUUGAGUAUGCUUUUUCCAGACAGACUUGCAGGUGCCCUUUAUUUAAUUGUUAUUAUUUUUGACUCUGUAUUAUAUUUACUUUCAGUCUUUUGCCCUAUUGAGUGAAAGUAUGUGUUUAUGUCAAACUCUGUGAUCAGAUCUCUUUCUUUAUAAUGCUUAAAUUAUGUCUUAAAAAUAUUAGCUCUGUACUUACAUCUGACAGAUAUAUGCAAGACUGCAUUGUAACGUAUGUUAAAGUUGCUUGAUGAGGUGAAAGUUUAAGAUGUAUUAAAAUCAACCCAACUUUUCUUUUUUCCAUAUUUCCUUGUUUUUAUUUUUAUUUUUUUAUUUUUAUUUUUUUAAAGAACUUAAAAGUAAAACAGUGACGUGCUUCUCUUGCAAAUGAAUGUUAGUGCAUUGGAGGUGAUAUGGUACAUAGAUUUUUGUGCUACUAUCUUCGGAAAGUCUUUACUCUGCUGUUUUGGGUAGAGAACUUGUUUUAUAAUUUUCUCCAUACGUUUAUUUACAUUAAUGAAUAGUUUGGCUGAACAAUGCCUUUUUGUGAACUCUGUUUCUUGUAUACUGUUUCUUUCGCCACCAUCAUGAAGCCACAUGAACAUGGCCAGGUUUUGUCCCUUAGUUAAUUUGAACGAUUACUUAAAUUGUAUAAAGUGUAUUUUUAUGAAAGAUGUGUGACAUUCCUGUCCUCUGUUGAUAACACAGGAAAAUAGGAAUAAAUGCAGGGGGGAAAGGAAUUGUUUGCCUUCGGUUGUCAAGAAUGUUGUCA